AUGACAACAACCAAAAAGGCUACGACAAGGGCCACAACGAAGACAACGAAGAAGCCGACCACAAAGACCCCAGCUCUACCGUGCUUCACUCAUUAUGCCUCAUCCACAAAAUAUGCGAAUUGUGCCGCUGUUGGUGCUGGCUUCAAAGCUGUUGGUGGAUCGUGUUACAAGGCAAUUUAUGUGAAUGCCGAUUAUGCUGGAGCAAGAGCCAAAUGUAAGGCUGCUCAUGUGGAUGCGGACUUGGCCACGAUUCGAUGUGAUGCGGAGAACACGGGAGCUUCUGGUGUUGUGUCGGCUGCUCUGAAGACUCAAUGUUUAUCGUUUGGAGAGUUCUUCCACAGUCAACUGUUGUUGGGAAUCAAUAAUGUGACAAGAACUAGUGGAAUUUCCUGGACGAAUGGAGCCAAUACGACUUAUCGCAACUGGGCCCCAGGAGAGCCAAACGGAAGUCCGGUCGAUGCAGUCAGCAGUGCAACGCUCUACAUUGCGUCAACAAAUCCAGCUGGUGGAGUGACGUAUCCACUGGGAAAAUGGGAAAACACGCCACCAGAUUGGGUGGUUUGUGCUGCUCUCUGUGAAGUGAUCACGGCAAAGACGGGAACUGGUUGUGGAUUGCGGCCGUGUACCGCGGCGACAAAAACGACAACCACAAAGAAAACGACAACAACCACAACUACGACCACAACGACACCAGCGCUACCAUGUGUCACAACUUCGGUACCCACCACAACCUAUGCCGAUUGUGCAGCUGUUGGUGGUGGCUUCAUUGAUGUCGGUGGAUCGUGUUAUCAAGCAAUCUUCAUCAAUGACUCUUACAUUGGUGGAGCUAGAGCCAAAUGUCAGGCAUUGAAUCCCAAUGCUGACUUGGGCACGAUUCGAUGUGAUUCGGAGAAUACAGGAGUUGCCAAUCUUGUACCAGCUGCUUUGAAGACUCAAUGUUCAACGUUUGGAAAUUUCUUUUAUAGUCAAAUGUUAUUGGGAAUUAACAAUGUGACAACGACGAGUGGGGUUGCCUGGUCAAAUGGUGCCAACUCGACUUAUCGAAACUGGGCCCCAGGAGAGCCAAACGGAAACAGUCCAGCAGAAACAGAUGCAGCCAGCAGUGCAACGUUCUACAUUGCGUCCACAGAUCCAGCUGGUGGCACGUAUCCGCUGGGACAAUGGGAAAACAUGCUACCAACUUGGGUGGUUUGUGCGACUCUCUGUGAAGUGAUCACGGCAAAAACCGGAAAUGGUUGUGGCUUCUCACCGUGCCAGAAUGGUCCG